GUUGACUGAAGUGGGAAGGUUGGAUGUCUUGAAGACAAGAAGAUCAUCUGAUCCAGUAAGACAGUCUCGCCAGGAAGUUGUUCAGCUCUUGUCCUCCCCUUCUUCCUCGCUGCCUUUCUCUUGAUGACAAUCAGCGGCACUGCUCGACCAUCUGACACGCAUGCUGCACGACGAAGAAGAGAUAACCUUUGACAUCCUCUCCUCCACCCGCCCUCGGCGCCAGCCGCUGAUGUACGUCACUCCAUUGCCUCGACCUGGUUUCCCAGCACUGCUGUGACAUCACACGGACUGGCAAUGUCCACAUCAGCUGAUGUGAGGUCGUAGUGCAGGUUUGUGGUGUUGUCGCAGCGAUCGGAGAACUUCGGACGACUUUACUGGAGUCCCUGCAGCUCCUCCUCCUUGUGAAGGAAGCAGUCUUCAUGUGACGACUACCUUCCACUUCAAGCCACAUGAAAAACACAUUAAUCUUUCACCUGUUGGUAACAAAGAAAUCAUCAAAAAUACAAGAUGGCGCAUGAGCAUAUCCGGCCAUGGUCCGGAAGUGAUGUAGCCGACAGCGAGCAGAUCGUGAAGCCCCUGUUGAAGACGCUGGACGACAUGGUGUGUCACGCGCUGGCGACGUCAUGGUGCGAAGACGCCGAGGGCUACACGUGCAUGCGCCAAGCGCUCGUGACGCAGCUCGACAAAUUUUACGACGCUUACAGUAAGCGUCCUGCGCAACCAAAUCUCGCUCAACCCUCGGCCAUCGAUGAGCAGCCUACCCCGGUUGACGGAGUGAGCAACUCAACUACAGCCUCUUCUGGAAAUGAACAGUUCUUACCAUUGUCUCCGAACUCAGUUCAGUUUUUGCCAGACGAGCAAGAUGGAUGCUGCGAGAGUGUCAUAGAGGAAUUGGGCAACACGUUAUCUUGGAACAGCACUCAAGAUGGAGAAACUAAUCAACAAACAAAUCCGCAGAAGACGCAUACUUUGACAAGUCCAUCUGCUUUCUCUGCAUUCAUAGUCGAUGUUCCAAUGACUAAAGACUAUUCUUCGGUGUCCCAUACAGGAAGCUCGUUUGAAGCUGCGGAAUUUUACCAAGGGUCCGAUGCCUUAACUCGUGGAACCACAGCAGACUUCUGCAACAGUCUGCAUCCAGAUGCCACAAAUCGCAAACUAGCAGCAGAAUAUUCUCCAGCCUUGUCAUCACCGAGUGUCUCCACGUUGCAUGUCAAUCAUAAUGAAGCUCGCGCUCUUCCGAAGGAAAAUGUUGAGAAAACAAGAAAAUCACCCGUGCAUGCGCAGAAGGUGCUUCCGCCUUGCCGGGUGUGCGGAGACGUAGGUACUGGCUUUCAUUACGGCGUCAAUACGUGUGAUGCAUGCAAGGUCUUCUUUGGGCGGUCGUUGUCCAGGAACCAUCCUUACCAAUGCACAGGAAAAGGAAACUGCUUCAUCAGUGGGAAGCAAAAGAGAAUUUGUCCGUCCUGCCGACACAAGCGGUGCUUGGAGAUGGGCAUGUCCCAGAAAGCCAUCAAGACGGGUAGAUACACACACGUCAAGCGCACCCGAGACUACCAGGAGAGUGUCCGGCUGCAGACGGCGUCCAGACUGGAAGGCCCUUGUCUGAACGACUUCGACGUGGACGUCAUCGUCAUGGACCUGCUGACCGCCAGCCAGCACGUGCUGACCAACGCUGACGUGCCCUCUGACAUCAUGAGUCUUCGAUGUGAGGAGGCUCUGGCCGGUUGUCACAAAAAGAAGGAAGUUGCUGGAGUCGACUGCCUGACAGCGGAGGAGUUCGAGGAGGUGUACAAGCUGACUGGGACAGACAUCGACGGCAGGCAAGAGAAUCUACGACAGAGAGCAUGGUGUUUGGAGAGGUACAUCCGGGGCUAUGUCCAGUUUGCCAAGGGUAUCCCUCGCUUAAACGAUCUGUCCCAUUCCGACCAAUGCUGUCUCCUGAAGAUUGGACGGAAGGAAUUCUGGUUCCUGGGCGCCUUCAGAGGCUUCCUGCGGAAACAUGGGACAUUCUAUGCGCCCAACGGCUUGGUGUUCACCUACAGCGACCACGUUCGAAUCAUGGGCAAGGAAUACAGUGACUAUGAGUUCCGUCUGGCGGAGAACCUGCAACGGUGGGACAUCACCAGGGAAGAGCUGGUCGUGCUCAAGGCCAUUUGCCUGACCUUCACCGACCGGUGUGACCUGCGUGAACCCAAGAAGGUGGAAGAGAUUCAGACGCUGCUGCUGAAGUGUUUCUACAUGCUGUUGUCAAGGCGACACCAGAACGCCAACAUCGCGUUUGCUCGCGCCAUGGACAAGCUGGUGGCCAUGAGGAACCUGACGGAGUAUGAACGAAGACAUCACUCCUUCUCCUGGGUGAGGUCCGCCUUCAAGGAAUACCCGAUCAUGAUGGAGUUCGUCCUGUGUUGACCCCUCGUUCGAUCUCAUCCCAGUGCCUCUUGUACUGAGAGUGAACUCACUGGGAAAGAUUUCAGUAUAAUGAUGAUAUAAAUUUUAUCAUGCCUUAUAUUAAGGAAUUUUGAAAUCAGUAUAAAAAAGUAAGAAGGAAUGAAUAAAAAAUAUAAACGAUUAAUCAAAUAAACUAAUAAUGUUCUAAAUUUUUUUGUAAAGCCCCGUAGCAAGAUGAACGCUAAAAAAUGUGAUCACUGUAAAUAGACAUAAAUUAGUUUUGCUUUGUUCAUUAUUUUAAUUGUUUGAAAGGGAGAGCAAUCCAAAAUAAAUUUAUUGUAAAGGGAGUGAUCAUUAAAUUUGAGACUACGACAAUACAAAAAGACUUGCCUAAAGGUUUGUAAAAACUCGACAUGUUGAUGCCAAUUAAAACAGAUAUUAAAAAUAUAUGUAGUGC